GAACCUUUGGAGUUUGAUAUGAUGAUUAGGGAAUAACCGGAGUGACACGUCGCAAACUCUCCAUAAUCAAGAAGACCUUUUUCCCAGGUGGCGAUCUCCAAAAUUGCUCAGUGAGCACCCCUAAUUAACCUGAUUUUUUGCUGAUAAUCACUCACAAUGGAAUCAAAUCACAAAUCCGGGGAUGGAUUGACCGGCACACAGAAAGAAGCCGCCCUCCGUGCAUUAAUUCAGCGAACAGGAUAUAAUUUGAUCCAGGAAAAUGGGCAGAGGAAAUAUGGAGGCCCACCACCUGGCUGGGAUGGCCCUCCGCCAGAGCGGGGGUGUGAGAUCUUUAUUGGGAAGCUGCCCCGAGACCUCUUUGAAGACGAACUUAUACCACUGUGUGAAAAAAUUGGCAAAAUCUAUGAAAUGAGAAUGAUGAUGGACUUUAAUGGCAACAACAGGGGCUAUGCCUUUGUGACCUUCUCGAAUAAACAGGAGGCAAAGAAUGCAAUAAAGCAACUCAAUAAUUAUGAAAUUAGGAAUGGGCGUCUCCUUGGAGUCUGCGCCAGCGUGGACAACUGCCGCCUGUUUGUGGGAGGGAUCCCCAAAACAAAGAAGAGGGAGGAAAUUUUAACAGAGAUGAAGAAAGUCACGGACGGAGUUGUGGAUGUCAUUGUCUACCCUAGUGCAGCUGAUAAAACCAAAAACCGGGGUUUUGCUUUUGUGGAAUAUGAAAGCCAUCGGGCAGCAGCCAUGGCCAGGAGAAAAUUGCUCCCAGGAAGGAUCCAACUGUGGGGACAUCCUAUUGCCGUUGACUGGGCAGAACCAGAAGUGGAGGUGGAUGAAGACACCAUGUCAUCAGUAAAAAUUCUCUAUGUGAGAAACCUCAUGCUCUCAACCACUGAAGAGACCAUAGAAAAGGAGUUCAACAACAUCAAGCCAGGUGCAGUAGAAAGAGUAAAGAAAAUUAGAGACUAUGCUUUUGUGCAUUUUAAUAAAAGAGAAGAUGCGGUUGAAGCUAUGAAAGCCUUGAAUGGGAAGGUGCUGGAUGGGUCCCCAAUCGAGGUGACAUUAGCCAAACCUGUUGACAAAGACAGCUAUGUCAGAUACACCCGGGGCACAGGCGGCAGAGGUACCAUGCUGCAAGGAGAAUACACCUACACCUUCGGACACGUGUAUGACCCCGCCACCGCCUACCUGGGUGCCCCAGUUUUCUACGCACCCCAAGCCUAUGCUAUCCCCAACCUCCACUUCCCUGCCACCAAGGGGCUCAGCAACAGGAGCAUCAUCCGGCCCCCAUCCAUCCGAGAAAUUUACAUGAAUGUACCUGUAGGGGCUGCGGGAGUUAGAGGACUGGGAGGUCGUGGCUACCUGGCGUACACGGGCCUCGGGCGCGGAUACCAGCUCAAAGGAGAAAAGAGGGGAGAGGAUAAACUCUACGACCUCUUGCCAGGAAUGGAGCUCACGCCGAUGAACCAUGUCACACUAAAGCCCCAAGGGAUCAAACUUGCUCCUCAGAUCUUAGAAGAAAUCUGCCAGAAAAACAACUGGGGACAACCUGUUUACCAGCUCCACUCGGCAAUUGGCCAAGAUCAAAGACAGCUCUUCCUGUACAAAAUCACCAUCCCUGCCCUUGCCAGCCAGAACCCCGCCAUACAUCCCUUCACACCACCCAAGCUCAGUGCCUAUAUUGAUGAAGCCAAAACCUAUGCAGCAGAAUACACCCUUCAGACGCUGGGGAUUCCCGUGGAGGGAGCAGAGGUGCCUCCUGCCGCACCAGCUUUUCCAGGUAUGGGAAGGAUAUACUAUUGCCAACGCAGCUGCAACAGUUACAGCCACUCAGCUCAAACAAGCGGUGACUAUGGGACAAGAUUUAGCGACAUACGCAGCCUAUGAAGCCUACCCUGCCUUCGCAGUUGCUGCACGCAGUGAUGGCUACGGAGCAUUUUAAUCAUCUCUUUAAUCGAGUUCCCUUCAAUUGAGCACAGGCAAAAAAAAAAAAAAUCUCAGUUGGGCAAUACUUACACCCUCAUGAUUUGAAACUAAUCUAUAGCCUAAAGUUAGAUGUUAGUCAGAGUUUCAUUCUGUAGUUCUUUAGAUUCAUAACAGGAUAUCUGGGGGGAAAGGAGAAAUAAACAAUUUUUUCAAAAUCAGAUUUUCACACUAGAAAGCAAAAUCACAGCCCAGAAAACAAGUGGUUCUCAAGUAUGUGUAUAUACAUACGUAUAUAUCUCUGUAUAUGUAUAUAUACAUACACACCAUAGUGUGUGUGUGUGUUUACAAACAACAACCUGUGCUGAAAACAGUUGUCCCAUGGACAUUGUGACAUGGGGCCCAGGAAGGAUGGGGUGUCUCCAGCAAGCCCCUCCGUGCAUCAGUUCUCCUCUGUUCACCCCAAACUGUGUCAAGCCAGGCAGAGCAGUGGGUGAAAUGAAAGGCUGCCUUUGGCCACACAGACGUCUCCAGUUUGCCGCUCUGCCUCCGAGCAUCCCCUGCCACCAGUGCUAUGGGGAUGUGUUCAGGCAUCUCAAGCAUCUUUUAAAUCCAUUCUGGCACAGCCAAGGAAAAAAGACAUUUAUCAUAAAUGAGUCUGCCCAGCCUAACAGGCUAGUUUGUACACUCUUGAACACUAAUUUGAUUUUUAAAGCAGGAGGCAAGCAUUCAGCAGAGCUUUCCUUCUUACUUUGCUACUUCCCAGCCAUACCUACAAGCUGCAAAACAGCAAACAACAGCAUAUUUUUUCCACCUCCCAUCAAAUGGCACAUUCAGUGAAAGACAGGAAAACUUUUAGGACUAUUAAGGUUGAGACCAGAAAAGUGCCGUUCAUUAGGGCCCAUUGUCUACUUAAUUAGAGCACAAGAGCUCACAGCCACAGCCCAGUAAUAAUAGGCACCUCUACAGGAAUAAAAUUACAUACAAGGAGUCUUUUCAACAGGUUGUAAAGAGCUCCGACUGCCUAUCAACAUGGCUUUACACCUUAAAUAAAGGCUGCUGGCUGCUGCAAUUCUUGCAAAAAUUAAUUUAGUGAAAGAGGGUUCAUGUCAACAGUAAACGCACCUCUUGUUUUGCAGAGCACCAGUGUUGGUGUUGUGUUUGAAUGCUUUGGGGAUGCUGAGAACAUCCUUCGGUUUACAGCAUCACCCACUUAUUUUUGCCAUCUGGCUGAGGCAGGAGUAAUGAUGCUGUAGAGAUAGAGCAGAAACCCAGUGUUAGAUAACUAAAGCAGACAUGUUAAUCCUAUAUAAUAUAGCCUAUAUAGUAAUGUACACUAAGAAAACUUAAACCUGCUCAGCCAAAAAGAAUCCACCCUUUCUGGGGGACAAUUUACAACUGGGUUGAUGGUGCCCAUUGAUCCUAACAGAUCUGGCCCCAAAUAUUUCAUCCAUUCAAGCCAUUUCUAGUGGAGCUUUUCCCAUACAUCCCAAAGCUGUACAAAGCACGUUGGGCUGUGACAAGACGUUGACUACCAGCAGCUAAGUGUUUUCUAUUCUUAUGCUUUGGCUGACUCAAUUUCAGUAGGAAUGGAACAAAACCACAUAAGCUGUAUAGUUUGCAGUCCUAUUAGACCCUUUAUUUUUAUAAAGUAGCUCAUUAGGGUGAUCCUAAAGGUAUUACAAGCCCUCUGUGGUAGCUGUUCAACACACUUCACUUCACAGAAAACAAACCUGGUCACAGAGGGUGAAAUAACCGAGAGUGUUAUGGGUGUUGUGGCUUUAUUUUCUCUUCUGUCUAUGUCUUUUAAGUUGUGUUUGACUGCCAACGAGUAACAUAUCCAUGAAUGUUUCUCUUUCUGAAAGACUACCGUUGACAGUAACUUUCUUACUUUCCAUGUUCAGUAACUUUAGUCUGCUUUUUCAGCUAUUUAUAUAAGUUCAGAAGGAUGUCAAAGAAAAAGGGAAGAAUCAGUAUUAAAAAGUGUGUGCAUGAAGCACUUAUUUUUGUACGCGUAGUACAAUAUUUGUAUAGAGUUUUAAUACUAUGAAGUGUAGUGAAAAAAAUCACACUAUCCAUUUACUGGAGGACAAUCAUUUAUGUUUAAACAGAAUGAAGUGAAAAUGGCAUCUCAUUCAUCCAUUACAAGGAAAUUAGAACCGGGAUUAAAUUCUGUGAAGCAAGACUAAUUCUAGAGUAAUCCAAGGUCAUUAACUGGACUUUGAAAUAUCAUUAAAACUCUUUAAACCAA